AUGAUAUUUAUCGGAGCAGUGGCAGCUAGUCUUGGUCUACGCACACCGACAAGAUGUUGCAUCUUUAACUUGUUAGUUACCACUCCCGGCGGACCCGAAGCGACAGCUAUCUCUCUGCUCAACUUCUGCUACAAGACACAAGCUGUCGCAUCUGGUGACCUAGGUCCUAUUCCGAGUGGUAUUGGUAAUGGUUCACGAAAGGCUUGUUGUGAAUGGCGUGAACGAGAGGCCGUCCAGGUAGUGCUCCACGUACUUCUGGCUGAACGUCCCUUCAACCGAUUCUACGCUCGCGUAUUGGGUGGCUUACUAAAUCAUCAUCGUCGUUUUCAGUUAUAA